GGGGGGGGGGGGAGAUUAUGAUUUUUUGAGGUUUAUUCUUUAGAUUUAUCUUUUUAUUUUUUAUUGUGGGCAGUGAUACCAUAGAUAGUGAGUUUCCUUUUUAUGAGGGCUUUUUUUUUUUUUCCAGUUGGUAGGAACAGGGAGGUGAUGAUGGACCAGUAGUUCUAUUCUUUUAAGGACGUUAGUGACAGACCUCUGUUCAUGUCAUGUGGGUUGGGGUUAUUCAUUUGGAAAUUAGAGGCUUGUUUGAAUGGUGUUUGAUGCAAGAAAAUGACACAGUAGAGAGCAGAGCAGUUGAAGGAACCUUUCUCAAGUCCCUACUAUUGUGGUUUAGGUGUUUUUGUCUUUCAUCUUCUAUUCUCUUUCUCGAUGAGCUGUAUGUUUUCUCCUCUUUUGUUGUCAGCCCCCGCUCCCCUUUGGCAGUUUUACCACAAGAUUAUAUCCUUUCUCCAAUUGGCAUCACUCGUUACAUGACACAUUCCUGCAUUUAUGGCAUCUGUCUUUCUUCCUCAUUGUACAGAAGCAGGUUUAUUGUAACCAAUAAUGGAUCUGGUCACAACAUAGCUGGUUUGAGGUACAAGGAGUAUCAACUUCAAGAUUACAGUUCAUGGUUUUUAAGACAGCUAAACAAUAGCCACAACUGGGCACGUCUAAGGAGUUGUCUUGUGAAGUCUGAUGACUGUAAUAACCUGUCCAAAAAUUAUAAGACUCUUAAACAGUACAAGCUUGCAAAACUUACUCCCAUUGAGGCUGGCUGCUGUCGACCACCAUCUGAAUGUGGGUAUCCUGCUGUUAAUGCCUCAUACUAUGACUUGAGCUUUCAUCCAAUCAGUUCCAACAAGGAUUGCAAACUUUACAAAAAUUCGAAGUCAAUCAAAUGUUAUAAUUGCGAUUCCUGCAAGGCUGGAGUUGCACAAUACAUGAAAACUGAAUGGAGGGUGGUAGCAAUCUUUAACGUGGUUCUGUUUGUUGUUUUGUCAAUAGUCUACUUUGUUGGGUGCUGUGCGAGACAAAAUGCUGCAAGGAGCCACUCCAAAGUUUGAAGCUCAGUUGGAAAUCUGCUCACUUUCCUUGAGGGUCACAAAUUCUAUAUUUGUCAACACAUUAUGUAGAUAGAGCUCAAUAUUGAACUUUAAAGAUCGAAAGGAAUACUAUUUCACUGCCAUCAGCUGGUGCCCUUGUCCCUCCUCCCAUAAGAUACACAUGCCCAUGUUUCACAAUCUAUAAUCAGAAAAUUGUGGGAUGCUCAUCACUGGAAGGAUGAUGCAUGCAUCUCAUCGAAGUAGAGGCCAGAAGGUCCAUCAUCAGGCAACAACGCCAGCACCACUGGAGCUCUGGCACCUUCUUCUGGUGUCAAGUUUCCCAUGUGAUAUGUCAAAUCUGUCUUGACACGUCCAGGAUGAACACAGUUAACCCGAAAACGAGGGAAUCUCCUUGCUAGGAUCCUUGUAUAUGCAUUUAUGGCAGCUUUAGACACUCUGUAGGCAGAUGAUGUGGUAGGCCAACCAUUUGCCUUAAGCUUUUCUUCCUUAAAAUCCCUUAGAAAUAUCUGCAAAAUCUUGUCUAUAGCAUCUUCACUAAGUCUCUCAACAUCUUCCAGCUCUGAUUCUUGAUAAACUGAAUCCAGAAAAAAGAAACUAUUAGAGCACAUCAGUUAUUCUCUCUGUCUGUCUGACUCGAAGAUUCUGGUGCCAUUAGAAUAGGAAGAUUCUAGAAUGUUGAAUUUACCCUCAACAGUCCGAAACGUGAGGAGACAUUGACUAUUCUUGGCGACCCCGAGAGUUGGAGGAGAGGAAGUAGAGCUUCAGUCACUCCUUUUGUGCCAUAGUAAUUAGUUUUAACACAAUUCGCUGCCUUAUCAUAAGGCUGCACCAUGAAUUUCAGUAAUUCUGCAUUCUCAUCAUUCACCUGUACAAGUUAUUAGAUCAAACUGGGAAUUAUUGUAAUUAAGAGUGGCAUUUGUCUGAACUUUUCAAAUUCAAUCGGUGCUUGUGGCCAUUAGAACUGAUAUCUUGUCAUAUAAGCAAGUUAUCUAUUUUAAUUCAAACCGAUAACUAUUGUUUUCUUUUAUAUUAUCAAUUGUCUUGUUCUUCAAGAGUUGAAUAUUUUCUUACAGCAUGAGAUGCUCAUUAUUUGAUAUGAAUUUGUCAAUACUUACAGUGCCACCUGCAAGAAUGAAGGCUCUGAAAGCUUCAUCAUCUGUUAUAGCUCCACCUACCCCUGCAUUAUUGAGCUGCUUAUAUAUAUAUAUAUUAUAUUCAUUUACGGGGUGAUGAUAGCCGUAUAUUGUCAUACACAGUGAUGAUUGGCGAGUUAGAGUUCAUAUAACGGAUCACAACUAGUGAAACUGACUUGUUAUGUUGUUUGUUACCAGGAUAUCAAGUUUUCCGAACUCAGUUUGCAGAAACCUCACGAGGGAAGCAAUGCUGGCUGCGUCCUUGACAUCAAGCUGAUGAAAAACCACAUUUGACAGCCCAGAAGCCUUGAGAUCUUCAACAGCUCCGGCACCCUUUUCUCGUCUCUUGCCGUCAACACAACAACGACCCCUUCCGACGCUAGACGCCGGCAUAUCUCCAGUCCAAUCCCCUUGUUGCCCCCUGUAACUACUGCAUACCUGAGAACAUGAUUCUGCAUUAAUUAGUGAUGUGAUAAAGUUAAAAAAGAUAUUGUUUGGCACAUAUGACCAAAUUAUUCAUUAAGACGACACCUUCGUCAUCAAUUAAUUUGGGUACCAAUUAAUUAGGGUACGCAAUUUUGUUA